AUGACCUAUCCUUCGACUGAAUUCGACCCUGGUCUCCUGGCGGACAAGGUGAUGGCAAUGGCUCCCACUGAACCGAAAAGGAGGGUCAGACAAGCAAUAUUGGAGGCACUGGCAGUUCUAGCACAGUAUAUACCCCGCCAGAGGCUCAUCCUCUCUCCCGAAAAAUUGGCGGCACCAGGAGGGGCAGAUUUCUCAGAGGCGCUGGCAGCUCGGCUAUCUAGGAGGUUGCUGCCCGUUGUCUCUGCCCAAGGGCUCGUCCUAUAUGCCCUUCAUAUACCGCCCAUGACAGUAGUUUCCAGAUGCCUUAACAAUUGA